AUUUAUGAAGAAUAUUUAGAGGAAAACAACCGCGACAUGUAUGAAGUACCAUUGUUUGAUGGGCAAGCGAGACUGACGGCGCGCGCGAGGUUUCCUGCUAAGCGGUUCGACAUUUGGGCUGAGGUUUCAGCCGUUUGCGGUAGAGGCGCAUUAGUGAGUGCUUCCGGUACGAGGGACCAUUUGUGGCUUGGGUUUGUGGAAGAUAGGGCCGUGUUACGGUGGGACGCCGGCAGUGGGCCGUUUGAAUUGCACACCGGAAAGGUUAAAAUUGAUGGAAAAUCCAAAGUAUCUGCGAGGAGGUAUAAGAAGGACGGCGUAUUGAAGCUUGGGUCCUCGGUGGCGAGAGGAUCUUCACAUGGACGAAUGAGUUCGUUGGAUGUGGAUCCCUACAUCUACAUCGGUCAUCCUCCGGAGAAUGUUACAAAAUUGUCAGGAGCGUCAGGUAUUCAAGGCUUCGUGGGUUGCAUACACCGGCUGCGUGUGAGUGGACGUGACCUGAUCCCUCCAUCCAGAGGCCUGACCGUCACUUCCUUCGGACUGAGAUCCUGUACUCCACAUAACUUAGCGCGGGUGAUAUGUCCAUGA